AUGGACCGCUGGUUUGUGCGGUUCUUCAGGCACUGCAAGUUCGAUCGCUACCCCUCGACGCACAUGGAAGAGAAAGCCAGCGACGAGGAGGAAGUACAAAAGGUGCUUACGAUGGUUCACGACACCCAGAUUGAAAUCACCGCCCGACGAGUGGCCUGUACCUGGCUAGAGCAGGCGCUGCUCGAGAAGAACCAAAUGAUUGAGAAGAUAGCCAGCCGCACAGGGCUUCCCGUGGGCAACUCCGAUGGCGUCAUCGUGGUGCAAGAGGGUCAGACGGUUACAGCUUACUUCAAGGCAAGACGUCGGGAUGGAUCUACUGGAAAGAGCAAGACUCCGCGUGAAGCGGUGGUCGUGGCCCUCAAGGAAGAGACCAUCCGCGUGAAGUUCGUUGCUAGCAAGGCACGGCAUGAGAUUCCAAUGAACUGGGUGGUGAGCAGCACACCUGUACCCGACCCGAGAUUGCUUUCGGAGGGCUGCAGUCCGGAGAGGCUCGCACGAGGGAAACUGGCCAUCACACUCCUGCGGACCGAAAAGGCCAUCGUUGGCUUUGUCCUGGAGAGCUUGAGCCAGGAAGCUGAUCUUCUUGACGAGCUGAGCAAUGCAGUGGAGGGGUGCAAGGCCCAAAACAACAAAGAAGGUGCAGAGAAGCUUCUCAAGAUCAUCCGUAGCUUCCUCGAUCAAGAGAUGGUUGAGGUCGACAAGGAGAUGGAAAAAAUUCUGCCACAAGCUUUGGCCGACAUCCCAGCAGACCCAGGCCACAAGCAGUUUCUGGACAAGCCGCUCUACAGCCUGCCGGAGGGCUACUUGGAUCCCAAGUUUACAACGGACACGAUGCUUUUGGACGGAGAUGAGACCUCGUCCUCAGAGGGUGCCGGUCACAGCAGUUCUGAUUGA